GCUACCCGCGGCUGCCUGUGGUGCUGCUCCUGUGCGGUCACAGCAGGCAACUGUAUCGCGGGCAGCACCGCUGUCGUCGGGGAUGGAACUCAGCGACAAUUUGCUGCCAGUUGACCCUGAGCCGCAGGAGAAAUCGCCCGCAGCCACGCCGCAGGGUGGGCCUAUACCCUCCUGGGUCUAUGAAGGCAGCGCCUCACCGCCGGGCCGCGACAUCGCGCGGCCGCCCGUGACGGCGGCCGGGAGCUGCAAUGCCAGCCGCAGCGCCCCGGCGGUGGGCCGGGGCACCCUGGCGGUGGGCCACGGCGCGGGAGCCGCGGCGCCUCUGCCCAUGGACGAGUUGCAGCACCUGCUCACAAUGCAGGAGCAGCAGUUGCAGCGCCAAGUGCAGCUGCAGGAGCAGCAGUGCCAGCUGCAAGAGAUGCAGCUGCGGCAGCAGGAGCAGCAGCUGCACCUGCGACAGCAAGAGGAGCAGCAGAAGCAGCGGGCGCAGGAGAUGCGUGAGCAGCUGCGGUUCAUGGAAGAGCAGCAGAGGCAGCUGCAGCAGAGGCCACCAGCCCCAGUGCCGGCGCCCACGCCGCUGCUGGCUGCGCCAGGUCAGCUGCCGUUGCAGGAGCAGCAGCAUCAGCAGGACCUUCUGAGCCACAUCCUGCUGCUGCACCAGUCCUCCCAUCUGCAGCAGUUGCGGCAGGUGCAAUCAGAGCAGGAGCGGCAGCUGCGGGAGCUGCAGCAGCUGCAGCAGCCUUGGCUCUCCCCGAGCUCCAGGGGCAACCGGCGCCCUGCGCCCUCACCUGGCCUGCGGGAGGCGGAAGCCUUCGUGUCCUCCGUGAGGCGCCGCGCACCUACUCGCUCAAGCGCAACGGAACAGGACCUGACCCGGCGGCAUGCGGACGCGAGCCCGCGGCAGGCGGACGCGAGCCCGCGAGAGGCGGCGGCUGGAGACGUGGCGCCGGCGCCCCAGAGCCCGGAGCCGGACCCGUGGCAGGGCCGGUGGCGGCAGCACCAGCAGCAGCCUCCUUCGGAGUUUAUGGCCUCGGAGACCUCGCGCUCGCCGCGGUCCAAGGCGCCCACUUCUGUGGCGUCGCCUGCGCCGAGUCGUGGCAGCGUGCGCCUGCAGCAGGACAAGGAGGCCAUCGAGCGGCGCCUGCGCGAGCUCGAGGGGGACUGACGCACUGAUCGCGCAGUGCCUUCCUCCCCUUGCCUCAAGAAGUUGACGCGCCAUGAAGCCGAGCUCCUCCAAGGUCUCUCUCUCCGCCGCGCGGCCGACCUGCCGACCCUCGAGCUGCUCGCGCCCGAGUCGAACGCCGCGGAGAUCCCGGAAAGGGAUCGCGCGCGGAAGCGG